AUGCCGUUAGACGAGCUGACAAAGAAAAGAAGAACACGCGCAGCGCACAGAGGUUCAGCAACGAAGAUAGGAACGAAGAUUAAAGAAUGUUUAGCGAAUGCGAGUGAAACGCCUCAGACGGACAAGAAUGUGCUGAAACAGCUGAGAGACACGCUGAGCGAGAAACUCGAAGCCUUGAAACUUUUAGACAACGAGAUUGUCGAGAUACUAAUUAAGUAAUAGUGAAGCCGAAGACGCAGAACAACAGCUGGAAAAGGAAAUUCAGGAGACAGAUGAUACGCGAGCUGAAUUACAAAAAAUAAUUCUCCACGUGAAUGACGCAUUGUUCGAAGCCUUGCCGUCACUACCACAAGGUCAAAGUACACCAUCGAAUCUGAGUAUGAACGCUACACCAAAACAGACUGUUCGCGCAAAGCUCCCAAAAUUAGAAGUCAAAAGAUUUAAUGGGAAAAUUCAAGAGCGGCAAGAAUUUUGGGACUCUUUUGAUAGCUCGGUCAACCAGAAUGACGCUCUGCUAGAUGAAAUUGAAUUACGCGAAGCACACGAAUCAUCUACGACGAACACGUCAAAACAAGAACGAAGGAAACCACAGUUUCUAGAUGGAUCGGCGGCUGCUCUUGUGAAUCAUACUACCAGGGAAGGGAGGCCAAGAUGCGUAUAUUGUUUACAAGAACAUUUAUCACAAGAUUGCAAGAAAAUUCAGGAUGCUGCUGAGCGUAAACAGAUUCUUCGUAAGUACGGACGGUGUUUUAUAUGUUUAAAAAGAGGACUUAUUAGUAGUAAUUGUUUAAAUACGAGUAAAUGUAAUACAUGCAGUAAACGACAUCAUAGUUCUAUUUGUGAGAGCCAUGCUCAUUAGCCGCUGACGUAGUUCAUUCCACACUUUCGUGCGUUGGGUCAGCAAAUAGAGUAGCAUUGCAGACAGCUCAGGCUUUGGUGAUGGGAGGAAAGGAGAAUGUGAGAGUGCGGGUUAUGUUUGACUCAGGAAGUCAACGGUCAUUCGUUACGGGCAAGGUAGCUCAGAAGGCAGGAGUGCCAGUAAAGAGGAAGGAAUGAGUAGAAAUUAGAACGUUCGGACAGGAGAAAGUUGAAGGGAAGUUGAGAGAAGUGUUUGAAUUGAGUGUAGCCCCAGUACAGGGGGAGAGAGUGUUAGCAUUGAAGUUUAUGGAGUAGACAGCAUUUCACAGAUUAGGAAUGAGCAUGUAGAGACAAGGAAGAAAGAUUACCCACAUUUGCAAGGGUUAUGGUUUUCCGAUGUUUGUAAGACCAAGAAUGUGUUAGAAAUAGAGUUACUAAUUGGCGCAGAUUAUUUGUGGUUAUUUCAAGAAGGGCGUACGGUUAGGGGCAAGAGUGAUGAACCUGUUGCGGUACAAACCAAAUUAGGAUGGGUGUUGUCAGGUCCACUGAAGAGUAGCUCUGAAGAUGAUGAUGGUCCUACAUCGUGUGCACAGGUAAGUACAAACCUUAUUGGGCAUGUAACUUCAUCAAAGAAUAGGUCCCUUGAAGCAUGUGUUGAAAAAUUAUGGGAUUAUGAAACGUUAGGUAUAAAGCAUGAAGAGGAAGCUAGUGAGUUAUUAAAUGAUUCAAUACAUUUCAUGGCCAACGAUAUAGU